CAUGAAGUCAUUCCUUAUGCCUCACUUCUCUUUUGCGCAAAUUGCGCUACUGGCUAUUGCACCAACUUUCAUGGCCGCGUCUCCCCUCAAAGCCCGCCAGACGGAUUCAACUGUGUCUUGUCCUGAUUCGGACGGACAGACUGUCAACGUUGGCACCUCUUCAUUCGCCAUCACUUGCGACUACGACUACUAUGGCAACGAUUUUGGAGUAUCAUGGGUAUCGAGUUUUGAGGAAUGUCUCGCCACUUGCGACAGUACUACGGGCUGUGUUGCAGUCUCCUACAAUGGAGGCGCAUGCUAUCCAAAGAGUUCCAUUGCUGGUGGUGAGACUGCCACCGGCGUCUGGGCUGCGAAGAAGGUCAUCUCAUGUCCUGACUCCGACGGAACGACGUACACCGCCACCGAUGGUACCGUCUUUACCAUUGAGUGCUCCAUUGAUCGGUAUGGAAACGACCUGGCAACGACUUGGGAGUCUAACCUAGAGAACUGUAUUGAGGCUUGUGAGGCGACGUCAGGAUGUGUCGAUGUCUCAUACAUCCCAGGAAGUCCCGGCCCUUGCUACCUCAAGAGCACUGCUGGUGCAGCACAAGCGAAUGCAGACGUCUGGGGAGCAGUCAACAAGGCCGCUCUCCCAUCGUCCACCUCCUCAGCCGUUAUCUCAACGUCCACCGUAUCCACAUCAUCGACAAUCUCCGUAGCAAAUCCAACCUCAACUCCCGGCGCCUGCACCGGCGGCUUCACAACCGGCCCACUCUCUUGUCCUGCAUCAGAUGCCUCGUGCUAUAUCGACAGCACUGGCUCCGUGUAUCUCAUCGAGUGCUUCAUCGACCGGUACGACGGAGAUUUGGCCAUAUCCUGGGAAUCUAGCCUGGAGAGCUGUAUCUCGACUUGCAGUGCAACCGCAGGCUGCAUUGAUGUCUCAUAUAUUCCCGGAACUCCAGGGCCUUGCUACAUGAAGUCCGUAGUAAACGAUGCACAAUCUAACACGGCCGUCUUGGGCGCGAAGCUCAUCUCUUCCGGCUCGGCCUCCCCUACUUCCACCUCUUCAACCACGUCGGCCGAGCCCAUAACAACCUCAAGCAGUUCGUCGGCUGAACCCACAUCAAUCUCAUCAUCCUCAACCAGUUCAUCAGCUGAGCCCACAGCAUCUUCAACAUUCUCAGACAGUUCAUCAGCUGAACCCACAACGACCUCAGAAACCUCGAGCAGCUCAUUAGCUGAACCCACAACAACCUCAACACCCUCAAACGAUUCCUCGGCUGAACCCACAACAAGCUCAUCAUCUUCAAGCAGCUCAUCAGCCGAACCUACAAUAUCUUCAACAUCCUCAGACAGUUCAUCGGCCGAACCCGCAACAACUGCAGCAGCAUCAAGCACAUCAUCAGCAACGCCUACACCAACCCCAACCCCAUCGCCUAGUUGUGGAUUGAUCGAGGACGCCGGUUUCGAAACUCCCGGCACCACUCCCGACUGGGCUCUCCUCAGCUCACAACUGGCCACCAGCUAUACGCCAUUCUCAAUAAUAACUGCCUCCACUCAAGGUUUCACAGCAGAAGACGGAGCCCAUGCCGGAUUCUUCGUGAUGCAUGGAAAGACGGACACCGCCACCGUCGGCACCACCAUUCAGCAGCUGACAGCUGGCGUCUCGUAUACCGUCACAUUCUGGGUUAUACGACACCCGUCCGCGACGAGCAUCGCAACCAUCGACGGAACGACCAUCCUGACUAUACCCGUUCAGAGUGGCAAGAAUACUCAAAUGUGGCAGUACUCGUUCCCUUUUGUGGCUGGAGGUGAUACUGCUAUUAUCGCUUUCAAAACUUCGUGUCCCGGAAUCGCCACCGCUUGUGGGCUUGGGCUUGAUGCCUUUAGUAUUGCUCCUACAAGCGGCACUUGUACCAACUGAGGCUUUAUAUUGUAAUACACUCGUCCGUAAGUAGAAGAGACGCCUAGCGGGUCGUGGCAAUCCCCCGCAUGUUUAUUUCU